UAAAUACGGCGCUUGAUAAAAUCAGUCCGACUAGUUUUAAAAACGGAUUAAUUAUUUUUAAAAAACCAUGAAGAAAUUUUUCCAGGAUAUUAAAAAAGACGUCAAGUUUAAAUCAGCCGGCCCAGGGAAAAAGCUUACAGAUGAAAGCAGGUAAAAAAAUAAAUUUAAAACAAACUGCAAAAUAAACACAGUAAAUAACAUGUAGGCGAUGCGAUAGCGCCGCUCCAGACGGGCAGUUUGAUUAUUUUAGGAUAUUUAAAGACCCGGCCGGUAGUACCCUACUGAGAAAUAAAACACAGCGACCGCCGGCCAAUGCAGCUCGGGGUCCGGGGCUCCGGGGCUCCAGACUGCGACUGAAAUCGGGGGGGAUCUCCUGAAAUAAACUCAAGGGCGAGACGGCGGAAAUAAUCCGAUCGAAUGCAAAUGGCCGAAAGUCAGAGGCGCUGAAUCUGUGCAGCAGAAUACGAUAAUGCAACGGCUCCAAGCCCCCCGUGUCCAAGGCCAGCGCCCCCCCCAAGCCUCGCCACGUCCCCACGGAAGGAGCGCAGAUGGCGGCAGCGGCGGCGCUGUCGAGAGUCGAUCAGCAACCCAAACUGCGACCCCCCUCCUCCCAGCAAGCCAUCCGCAACCAAGUGAAGAGGGAGCUGCUGGCUGAAGCUGCUGCUGUGGUGGAUUUGAAGCAGGACGGGUCCAGCGAGGCACAGCCCUCAGGAUCCAGAGUGCCGGUUAAGGAGGACCCUGCGUCGCUCUCUGUGUCCGGCGUGUAUUUCACCUGCCCGCUGACCGGAGCCACCUUAACAAAGGGCGAGCGAGAGGCUCACAUUAAAGAAGCCGUGCUCAUGAAAUUUGCUGAAGACCCGGUGGAAGCCUCGGUCAUGAUGGUGCACACGUUUAACAAGGACAGGGAGAAGGUGAAGGCGGCCACUGAGGUCAUCGCAAAGUACAUUGAUAACAUCUGUAAAAACCCCACUGAAGAGAAAUACCGGAAAAUCCGAUUGCAGAAUAAAAUCUUCCAGGAGAGGGUGAGCUGUCUCGAGGGCACCCAGGAAUUCCUCCAGUCCAUCGGCUUUGAGAACCAGCGGCUGCCUGUGCCUGGACAAGAGGACUGCGAGGAUGUCCUGGUGCUGAGUGAGGAGGCUGUGUCCCGGCUGCAGGCUCUGCAGGAGAGCAGGGACAGGCUGCUGGGGGCUGAGCCGCUCAAGGCCAGGCUGCACAGACAGAGCCAGGUCUACAAGCCCUCUCCCCAGGCCUCGCGCUUCGAGCUGCCCCCCGACUUCUACAGCCUGACCGCGGAGGAGCUGAAACGAGAGCAGCAGCUCCGGAGCGAUGCAGUGGAGAGGAACGCCAUGCUGCGCACCAAAGCCAUGAGAGAGCGAGAUGAGCAGAGAGAGAUGAGGAAAUACAACUACACCCUGCUGAGGAUACGCCUGCCCGACGGGAACCUGCUGCAGGGCACGUUCUUUGCUCGGGAGCGUGUCUCUGCUCUGUAUGAGUUUGUGCGUGACUCCCUGCUGAACGGCUGGCAGCCCUUCUUGCUGAUCGCACCGGGGAGCCAGAGACUGACGGACGAGAGCCUGGCCUUCAAUGAGUGCGGUCUGGUGCCAGCGGCUCUCCUCACGCUCUCCUGGGACGCCGCAGUCCAGGCUGAUAUUGAAGCAGCUGGAGCUCAGAACGCAGACGUGCUGAAACCAGAACUCAUGAGCAGCAUCCAGACCCUCUCAUGAGGGAGAGACCAGCGUCAUGCAGCCUGCCUGCCUGCCCCCCUCCCUCCAUCCCCAAACACACACACAUGCUUCAUGAUUCCUGCGCACCUCUUUGAAUCCCGCUGCUUAGGGGAGGGAGUUACUGAAACCUGCAAGUUCACCUCUUAAACCUGCUACUGUACCAUCCGCUCAGACUCUUCUGCCUUUCUUAACCACCCUGCUGUAGCUUUGAGUCAUUGAACCUGCUUCCUUUCACACUGCAGCCCAGCACUUCACUCAAACCUGCUACCAUCAUGACUGCACUGAGCGUGCGGCCUUCCUGUCCCUCCCCCUACUUCACAACCCAGCCAAUCAAGGCCUCCGAAUGACUAAUCAAGCCUUUGGGUGACUGGAACCCAGAUCCUCCGCGCUUCAGUCCUGUGCUCUGGGGAAGCGCUGCACUUUCAACGGAGGAAUAAUGUUCGUUCAUGAAUGUAGCUGAAUGGGAUUUCACUUCCAGUCAUAUUGUUUUAACCCAUUUAUCUUCAUUUUGAAUCUCUCUCUGUUUCUAUUAACAAAGUGGUUAGUCCCGCAGCACAGGUUCACAGCGACUUCUAGAAUUUCACAAAGAAAACGACCAGCAUUAGAUUCUCUUGAUCCAGUUUAAAAGCAGAGCUGCCGUUUCUAACAGCAGUGUUGACAGGAACCCAAAGCUGCCAGAGUGUGACCCGCUUUGAGGAGGGAUUCAUUUCAGAGACUGCUUCCGAGAAUAACCAAGGUGCUUUGCUGUCAAGCUUUAAAAACCUCAAGAACUAAUCGGUCCUGGCCUAAAAUACCAUCAGCACCUUGCACAUACUUAACCAGUUAAUAAAAGCAAUUCUGUAUUUCAGUUUCAUGGAACAACCCUUGAGAUUAAUACUAUUGAAGCAGCGGACUUCUGCUGCCGUGUGUGUGUGUGUGUGUGUGUACGAUGAAAACUCCCUUUUAAACACAACCACCCGUCUUGAGAUUUUGUUACCUUCGUGUUUUGGAGCAUCAAUCCCUCCCCAGAGGAACGUUUGUGUGCACGGAUGCGUGCGAUGCCGCCCGCUUCAAACUAAUGAAAUUCAAAAGAGAAUAAGGAAGGGGUUUUGUGCAGACUGGAGAGAGCCGUCCGAUUGCAUGGGGCAGCAAGCCUGGGACCCAGGAUAAUAAACAUAUACAAGCUGUGAUUGUGUUUAAAAUUCAUUUUGCAGCAAGCAGGAAACUCUAAUGAAGAGAAAGUGAUCUAACAGACCGCUGCCUGGACAGCAAGAGACAGAGAUGCACUGUGUUCUAGCAGAGGCCAGGGGUCUGUGUCCACUGUAGCUUGUGUUGUAUUUAAACUGCUACGCAUACAAACAGCAGACCUGCGUCAAUAUCAAAGCACGCCUCCUGAACACGCGGCAAGCGGCCCUGCUCUGUAACGGCACGCUGGAUGGAGCUGAUUCACCACCGUUGUUGUAUUAUUAAUUAAAGCUUUGCUUUUUUAAUUUGCUUUAAAUCCGUUACAAUAAAGUAUGCUGAACUGA